AUGUCAAUCAGGAAACCACAACAUCUGACUCAUAGUAGAGCAGCAGUAACCGGUGAUGACCUGAAAGAUUGGUUUGAUGAACAAGCUAAGUAUUUAACUGAAAAAAAAUUAAUGGAGAUUCCUUGUACGAGAAUUUUCAACUGUGACGAGACUUAUGUAAGUUUAUGCCCUCCAUCUGAAAAAGUAUUGUUAGCUAAAGGAUCCCGUUCUGCAUAUAAGGUGGUUGAUUCUGAUAAAGAAGGAUUUACUGUACUGUUUAUGUAUAGUGCUAAUGGUGAUCUGAAAAAAGAAGAUUUUCCAUUAGUUCUAAAGUUUGCAUUGGAUGCUACGGCACAAGAAAAAAAUGCUGUUAUCAGUGGAUUUAAAGCUGCGGGCUUGUAUCUUUUCGAUCCUUCUGCCGUUGACUAUGAUGUAUUUGAUAAAAGAAAGAAAUCUAAAAUAACAGUAACUAAAGAAAAUGUACAAGAUGAAGUAACAGAAGAUAAGGAAAAACAUCUAUUAACCUUCGAAUCCAAUUUAUCAAAGGAUAUUCUGGAAGAAUUUAAUACUGCUUGGUUAAAUCAGACAUUGCCCAAGGAUCUAGAAAUUAGAGGCUUGUAUAAAUACUGGCUUGAUGUCAGUGGAAAAUAU